CGUCUGGUACGAAGAACGAAGAUGACAUGUCGCCCUUUGGAAAGAUUAUUGUGGCUGCGUUGUUCCCCCUUUUUCGAGAGCAGCUCCGUGGAAGCAAAGACAUGGACUCCGCAUUUCCAGAGCUAAGGCGUGGAAUGAGGUGCAAGGAUUUGGUGACGUACCUCAACACCUGCAUCACGCGCGGAAAGAAGGACGUCAUCCGUCGUCGCGUCUUCAUCAAGUCCAUGAUCAGCGUCCUCUGGGUGGAUGUGGUUCGAGUCACCGUCUGCACCUUGGCCUACUACGGUUGCCUGUUCGCCAGGGUUCCAGCACUUGAGCUCCUGAUGGCCAGCUCCACCCGGGGAGACAUGAUAGCGGCGGCCAUCUUGUUUGUGGCGGUCAGUGCGGCGGAAUACCUUGUCUCGGUCUACCACAUGGACAUAGUCAUCGUGUUUGGCUGCCGCAUGCGAGCCAUGAUUCAAGGGGCCAUUUUUAACAAGGCCGUCCACAUGCCGGCGACCAUGAGGAGCGCCUACCCUACAGGCUCGGUUGUGUCCCUGCUGGCCGUCGACUGCGGCACGCUCGCCUUGAGCAUGAUGGUGUUCCCCAUGCCCCUCGGUGGACUGAUCACUCUACCCGUGGCGCUCUGGCUCCUGGCCGAGAGAGCGGGCACCUACCCCACGCUCUGCUGCCUGGCUUGGGUUCUGGUCGUCUUCGCGAUGCCCUUCUGCGCCUUCCGGUUCCAGAAGAAGUUCUGGCAACGUCAAAUGAAAGCCCGUGAGGAGCGCAUUAAAAGUCUGUCGGACCUGUUCGCAUCCAUCCGAACGGUGAAGAUGUACGCCUGGGAAGAGGCCCUGCAGGAGACGGUGCAGCGUCUGCGCAACGUCGAGCUAUCGUGGCUCUUUCGGGCGAAUCUGCUGGACGGCGUGCUUGAUUCUGUUUACACGGCCUCCACCUCUGUGCUGACGAUCAUCCUCUUCUCGGCGUUGUACUUUCUGGAGCCCCACAAGCAGCUGACGCCAGAGCUGUCCUUCUCGUGCCUGUACCUCCUGUUCGUGACGGAGUUGACGCUCUCCUCGACGGCGCUGAUCUUCAGGAAUGGACGGCAGGUAGCUUUGGGUCUCGGACGCAUAUCAGAGUUCUGCACUGAGAUGGAUCAAGAAGAACACAAGGAGAAGGCUACCUAUGACAUUUACAGAAAGGCAGGGCAUGUGAACCUGAGGAAAUGCGGCUUCUCGUGGAGCAGUCCGAAGGAGGAAAACAAACAGGAGCACCUGAGGGCCGUCAACCUCGACAUCCGGCCGGGUUCCCUGGUGGGCGUGGUCGGCUUCGUGGGGAGCGGCAAGUCUUCGCUCCUGUCGGGGAUCCUAGGAGAGAUGCCCUGCACGGUGGGGCGGGUCGUCUGCACGGGUCGCAUCGCAUACGUGCCGCAGCUCGCACAUGUGCACAACAUGACAGUUCGCGACAACAUACUGUACGGGAAAGCAAUGGACGACGACUUCUAUGACGAAGUGAUCGCCUGCUGCAAACUCAUCGACGACCUAAAUCGACUCCCUGCUGGAGAUUUGACGGAGAUCGGCGAGAAGGGCGGCAACCUGAGUGGCGGCCAGAAGCAGCGUAUCUCGCUCGCCCGCGCAGUGUACAGCAACAGCGACGUAUACCUGCUCGAUGACCCACUGAGCGCCUUGGACCCCGUGGUCGGCAACAGCAUCUUCCAGGCCGUCAUCGGAAACACAGGCAUGCUCGGUAACAAGACCCGCAUAAUGGUGUGCAACCAAGGCAGCUACCUGCGCUACAUGGACAAGGUGGUGUUGGUGCAUGGCGGAAGCAUCCGCGUCUACACCAACGUGGACGACCUGCUCGCGGACCCGGACGCGCCAGAGACGCUCAGGGACACGGCACGAGCCGAAGCCAUGCAUUCGUGCGAAGACGAAGGCGCCGAGUCUAAGGGAGGUCAAGAGAAUGAGUCGGCGGGCCGUGUCACUGAAAAAGAGCAACAAGGUUCGGACAAGUCGGCGUCCAGCAUCCUGCGGGCCCUGGUGCGCCUGUCCGGCUGGCAGGCCAUGGUGGCUCUCGCGGUGUUCGCGUUGAGCGCGACCCUCCUUGCGCUUCAGCAGCUGUGGAUCAAGGUGUGGACGGACGUGUCAUCGGCCCACGACGAAGAGACGUCGGAGCACAACGACGAUGCCGCCCUCGAGGCGCACCGGACCUCCUGGGUAGCGGUGCUGAUCGGACUGUGCAUCUUCGACGUGUUCUGCCGCAUAGUCGGGGGCCUCCUGCUGGCGGCCAGCAGCCGCUGCCUCUCGGGGCGUCUGCACAGCGCCAUGCUGGAGCACGUGCUUGGCAGUCCGGUGUCGCUGUUCGACUCGUCGCCCCGGGGCCGUAUCCUGAACCGGUUCUCGGCCGACAUGGACUUCGUGGACUCGCGCACCUUCUUGAGCGGCAAGCAGAGCGUGCAGAGCGUCCUCUUCACCGCGGCCAAGGUGGUCGUCAUCGCCACCCAGUCGCCCAACGUUCUCGCCGUCGGCGUGAUCACCGUGCUCAUCGUCUUCUUCGGACUGAGGCUGUCCGUGAGUGCGUCCUACCGGGCGCGCUUCUUUGAGAGCGUGGUGCUGUCGCGGCUCCUGGCGCACGUGACCGAGACACUGGAGUGCCUGAGCAGCCUGCGAGCCUAUGGCGUGGUGCGGCGUGCCUGCGACCGCUUCUGCCGCCUGGCGGACGCCAACACACGCGGAUACUCUGCCUUCUGCGACACUUACAAGUUCACGCGCGUCAUCACCGCCACGUGCGGCUUCGUCGUCGUGCUCGCCACGCUACUGCUCAACGUCGUCUUCGUCGACAAGUGGGACUCGAGCCGCAUCGGCCUCGCCAUGAGCUCAGCGUCGUCGGUGCCCCUUGCGAUGAUGUACCUGUGCGUGCUCCUCUUCAACAUGCUCCAGAUGGUGGUCAGCUUCGAGCGGUGCCUCGAGUACUCGCUGCUUCCAAAAGAGCUCGACGUAACGGAAGACUUGACCGAGGAGAAGAAGGACGCUCUAUUGAGCUCCCUCUCAGAUUGGCCCUCCGAUGGCGCAGUCGAGUUCAAAGACUACUCAGCCUCGUAUCGACCAGGAAUCCUGCCUAACGUGCUGAGCAACGUUACAUUAACUGUGCUACCCAUGGAGAAGGUGGGAGUGGUAGGCAGGACCGGCGCCGGAAAGUCCUCGCUCGUGCUGGCGCUGCUGCGAGUGUUGAAGCCAUCGGAGGGACGGAUACUGAUCGACGGUGUCGACAUCGCGGAUGUUCCGCUGAAGAAACUGCGCAGUAGCAUUACCGUCAUUCCGCAGGAUCCAAGCCUACUGAGGGGCACGCUGCGAACUAACCUGGACCCCACAAACUCCUACUCGGAUGAGCAAAUUUGGAAAGUGCUGGGUCAGGCGCACUUGGUCAACAUGGUGACAAGCCACUCCAAGAAACUGCUACUGGAGACCGGCGAUGGUGGAUCGAAUCUCAGCGUUGGCCAGAGGCAGCUGGUGUGCCUGGCGAGAGCGCUGCUGCGAAAUACCCGGCUGCUGCUGCUGGACGAGGCGACGUCGCAGAUGGACGGCGACACGGACAGCCUCAUCCAGAGGACGCUCAGGGAGAGCUUCGCCAAGUGCACCCUGUUCACCAUCGCGCACCGGCUGCACACAGUGCUGGACUACGACAAGAUACUGCUCAUGGAAGACGGCAGAGUACUAGAGUUCGGCGCAGUGUCGACGCUACUAGACGACCCGGGCUCUGCGUUCCACGCCCUUGCCUUCGAGGCUGGCGUUCUCUCUGGAGAAGACUUGUCCAGCACGAGCACUACGGCGCUGUGACCUUGAAGAAUAAUAUACUGACGAAUAUUACUAGAGAAUACACUGAGAAGUAUAUUACUAGAGAAAUAUAUUGAGGAAUUACUACCGGAGCGGUAAUUUCUCAACUCGAGGAAAGGCUUCGCAAAUUAAGGGGAGCAAAAAAAGCGUGUGUGUCUCUUUUGUUGGGUACCUUUUAUAUCCAUUAUUACUUUCUGGGGCAAGUUAGCACUUUAUUCUACUCUCUAUACUACCUGUUACCUGGUUGAUGGAGAUACUUAAAGAGAUAUAUGUGUGCGAGUUUUUCAGCUGGUCCUUUGUGCUGUUUUGUAUAGUGGCAGCGUAUUGUACUUUGCAAAUGUUUUCGUGAAAUCCUGCAACUCUUACAUCUUUGCUGCGCACUCGAACUGCCGGAGUACACUGCGCAUCGGGCUGCGCUUGCAUGCCGCUCGCAGGUGACCAGCGAGCAGAUCUUUAGCUGCCCGCCGCCGAGUUUAGACUUACGGUAUGUGUGGCGCUGCAAUCAUAUUAUGGCCUUAUGAUGAGAAAAACUAUCAAUUUGUCGCCAAGCACUAUACACGACAGAAGCUCUGGCGGCGUCCGGCACAUCAAACCAAAACAAUUUGUAUGGACGCAAUCUAUCUACCCUCCAAAAGCAGUUUACACCCUUCGCGGCGUAUCUUUCUGCUACAACAAUAAUUGUCUUCUCUCUAGAUUGCAUUUCCUUUCGUGAAAAUUAUGUGCUCGCUACUUUGCUGUCAAGAAUGCUGUGUCACGCUGAUAGGCGCAUGCCGUUCGCGCAUGCCGUUCGUGGAAUUACGCGCAAGAUAUGUAACGAAUAUUGCUGUGGGACACAAACGCCCAAAUAGUAUAACACUUUCCGAGUUAGGGGUAGAUAAAAAGGCAUAGAACCACCAUGACCACCGAACAUAUCGAAGUCAUGAAUUCCGAGACCGCAUGGCAGCCUUCUCUACAGGACGUGCUCACGUUACCUUUUCACCUUUAUAAAUAUUUUCUCACAUUGUGGCGCAUUACAAGCAGGCGUCAGCCAAGGUUAUUCGGAUCUAGUGACAUUAGCGCCGAGUAGGCUUCAAUGGCACCAAGUAAAUCUCCCCGAUUGGCACCAUUGGCACUAACGAAGUUUUUCGAGGCUAUGUACUAUUGGCCAAUGCAAUAAACAAGCCACUUUUAUUCGACACAUUUUAGCGGCCCGUAAUAAUGUGACCAAGCCUUGGCGGCUCGAUUUCCUGACAAUAUGCUAGCCCGUUCCACAACAGUAUUAGGAGGCAGGCACAAUUUCUUCUCGUUCAGUCUAACUGAUGAAACUGCAGCGUUUUGUUUACGUUUCAUAGUUAAACUGAAAUGUGAAUGGCGUCUUUGUCAAUAAUUUAUAUCAUUUGAUGUUUUUUUUUUCUUUUUCAUUCGUACUUGAACAAUGCGCUUGAGAAAAUAUUCAGGAUAUGCCGAGAGCCAUUUAGCAGAACUUCAACAGGGAUACAGGUAAUCCAAAGAUUAGAAACAGAGGAACCCACCUGUUUCGCUGCCCUUUCUUGGUGACAACAAAAGGCUGCGACUAUACAGUACAACUAGAGCUGCAAGUUUCCGGAUGUGCGUAGUGUUGACCUUAACUCAGCCUUAAAGCGACCUAAGGAGAUACAUCCAACUUCACUGUCAUUCACCAAAUUCUGAGUAAUAGCUUACUUCUUGUGGUAUAACAUAGGCAUUUCUUGUCAACCCUCUAAAUGCCAAGCGCAGCAGAAGUGUUUGGUUUUGCUGAUUAUUCUUACAGUCAUUUACUGCACAUCCAAACUGUCAAUCAUCAAUGCAGGACACCUUUUUUUUCACUCGUUUCUGACUUAGUUGGAGUAGCGCGUACAAACUACUUUAGUUCGACAAGCAAAAGCAGUUUUUACUUACAGAACUGAUGUUUGAAUUUAACCACAUGCAUUAGCGUCUUGAACAUAGUAAACGCAGACUUUUCUUGCCGUGCGUGUCCCUCAAGACUCGCAAAACGUGACACGUCGCCACCUUUUGUUGGGGCAGCACACUUGGGCAUGUCACCACGAGCUGACAAUUAGUUUCAAGAACCAGCAAGCAGGCCACUACAGGAAGCGCUUCGUUCACCCAGAACCAUAUUCACACCUAGAACUAUAUUUGUUGCUAAAAAAUGGUGAAUUAACAAGGAAAGUAAAGGUAAAAGAUUCCACAACCCAGCACUGCGGUUAUAUCAUACGUACGCGACGUUUCGCAGAUUUAAAAAGGUCGCAGGAUAAAGAGAAAUGAAAGUAUAGUUCUGUUUAGUUGAGUAAUUUGCUGGGCCAGUUGGUAAAUGUAAUAAAUGUAAGACCAGCGUUGUCCUGUCCGUUUCUACUUCUUGUGCUCGCGUCCGUACUUGCUGGAAACUGUUAUUUGCAUGGUUCUGUGUACGUGAGAAAAUAUUUGUUGUUGUAGUAUUCUACUCUUGUACGUGUAAUACUUCUAUAUGUCAUGUUUUUAUGUAUAACAAAUAAUAAAAUCUGGUGCUUGGGCA